AUGAGAGAAGCUAGACAAAUGAAAACAUCAAACCCAAAAUUUCAGGAAGCCAGAGAUUCUAUUACAACCAUUCACCAACUUUACAAUGCAAGCCGAAAGUCCACUCUCCACCCUGUGUCUGAUCUGCAGACAAGAGACAUCCAAGAAGCGAGAAUACAGUGGAGGGUGAGGCUGGGAAAAGUUUUAGAGUCCACUCACUUCCACGUCUUGAUCGUUUUUCUGCUUACGGUUGAUCUGGUGGUUACGGUGGUGGAUAUCGUCAAGACGAUCCAUUCCAAGGACGCUGAUUUCAGAACCUGCACCAAGUUACUGGAAGACUGUCAGUGUCAUGAUCAUCUUGAGCAUGCGAGCCACUGGCACUUUCUCUUGUGGGUUUCUGUUGGCAUUCUUUCCUUUCUAGCACUCAACGUUGUCGGCCUGAUGGUGGCAUUCGGCAUGUCGUUUUUCCGACACAUUGGUUACGUUUUGGACGCUGUGGUCGUGGGGCUCUCUUUAGGUCUAGAGAUCGGUUUAAAUUCGGAUACUCCCGGACUGUUGGUGCUUCUGACCCUCUGGAGAAUCGUUAGGGUAGCACAUGGAAUUUUCGAGGUUGCCGAUGAACAUUGGGAGAAAGAGAUCAAGAAACUGGAGGCACACGUACAUGAACUUGAAGCUGUGCACAAGAAAGAUCAAGAGCAGAUUGCUCAUCUUUCAGGUCAAAAAGAGGAGGCUGAAACAGUGAAUUUGCCGGGAGCACUUAAUGAGCGCAGAAGUAUUGGCGGCACACUCCAUACCGUCUGAGGUUUCAUCACAUGGUGUGCUUCUAGCUUCCUCACCCGCUGCAUUCAGUUGGCCCGCAAUCAGCUCACUUUGGUACACAUCGUUAAGAAUUUAUCGGUCGUGGUUAAUUGUUUAGCUAUCGUGAUGACAUGGCGAAUUCGAAUACAUUCUCAUUAUGUAAAACGCACGACAAAGCGCAAACUGAAUCGGGCUGAACGUUGGCAUGGCCUGCCUGGGCGAAUUUGGAGAGUAAAGUAGUAAUAAACUGACG